AUGUCCGUUUUCACCAAGCAAGCCUUCACCAUGUCGGCCAUGCCAACCCCUGCCAACUCCGUCCCCGCCUCGGUUGCUCCUACCCGUCGCAGCUCCUUUGCCCACGCUCAGAGCUCCGGCUCUGGCAGCGGCGCCAUGACCCCCGCUACCGACCCCCACAUCGUCCACAUCAACAUCGAGUCGGUGCUCUUUGACAUGGACGGAACCCUCAUCAACUCCUCUCCCGCCGUCGUCAAGGCUUGGGAAAUGUUCGCCGAGACGUACCCUCUUGACCUUGACGACAUCCUCCACUCGGCGCACGGUAUGCGCACCAUUGACGUCCUCAAGAAGUGGUGCGGUAUCUCCGACCCUGCCACGCUCGAGAAGGAGGUCAUCCGGUUCGAGUCCAAGAUCCUCCAGGCGGCUGAGGAUAUGGCAAAGGAGACGGGCAAGAGCGGGAUUGAGGUCCUGCCAGGUGUCAAGCACCUCUUGGAUAGCCUGAGCGAGGAGAAGGAGACUAGGGGAGGCGAGGAGAAGUGGGCUAUUUGCACAUCAUCCACCUUCUUCUACGCUGGAAAAGCCAUCCCCAUUGCCGGCCUCACCACCCCCAAAAUCUUCGUCACCGCCGACUCUGUCACCCGUGGCAAGCCCUUCCCUGACCCUUACCUCCUCGGUGCCGAGGGAUGCAACGCCUCCCCCUUCGAGUCCCUCGUCGUCGAGGAUGCACCCACCGGUAUCCGCGCCGGUAAGGCAGCCGGCUGCCGCGUCCUCGCUACUUGCACAUCCCACGACCGCGCCUCGCUGGAGAAGGAGCGUCCCGACUUCCUCGUCGAGGACCUCUCGCACGUCUCAGCCAAGUGGGACCCGGAAACCAAAACCUUCGCCAUGGUCAUUGAGCAGCCUAUCGACCGGGUGGACCCCCGCGCCACACCUGACGCCACCCCCGUCAUGACACCCGCUGGCUCGCGUAUGAACUCGUUUUCGGGCGGAGACAGGGCGGCGGCCACUAGCGGAUGGAAGGGAUCGGAUGAGUUGACAGGGAAUGAUUCGGUCGUGGGGUCGCCAGUGCCGUCCAGGCCGGGAUCGCCAGGUGCGGAGGACCGGGAUUUGGCGGAAGUCAACAACAGGGCGACGCAGGGGCUGCCGCAGCAGAGCCAGGGGGUGACGCUGGAUGCGUUCAAGAAGGCGUUUGCUGGGAAUGCCAUGAAGCCGAGGAGGGAGCUUGACCUGGAGGAGUAG